CUCGCAGCGCAUCGCUUUGACGAUAAAUAGGGUUUCUUUCCAACGUGGAUCCAUACACGGCCAGCACAGAGCCUUGUUCUCGCGAAUUGCAUUGCAUUGCCGUGCACUGUGCGCUUCUUCCCCCUUUUGCUGUGCUGGGCCUCGCUGUGCUUGCUUUGUUUUUUAAUUUGGUGGGUCUACCACUCCACAUUCUUCUCUCAUCGAUCACGUCUCUCCCUCUCUUUCCCUCUCUCUCUCGCGCGCCCGGCUCGCUCGCUCCCUUUCCAUUCGGCCCUCUUCUCGGCCCCGUUUUCUUUCCUGGAGUUCUUGAGUUUUAACGCCCCGAUCGUUGCCAGGAGAGUUCUUGGAGGAAAGCAGCGAGGACGCGCGAGAGUUUGCGUUGAUGGGUUGCACGACCCACAAGCCCACCACGACCAAUUCCCCUCUCCGGCAGCAGCAGAGGAGCGAAUCGGUGCUGGAGAAGCGGGCAGUCGUCAAGGAGGUGACCGUGUCCACUGCUUCGGCUUCGUCUUCCGGCGAUCACCCUUCUUCCUCGUCAUCCACGCAAGCCGGCGAUGGCAAGAAGAAGAAGAUCUGGGUUACCAUCAAGGAGCAGUACGAGCUCGUCGAGUACCAAGCAUUGCCCGAUUAUCUGCGUGACAACGAGUACAUCCUCAAGUACUAUCGCGCCGACUGGCCGCUCAAGCACACGCUGCUCAGCAUCUUCUCCGUCCACAACGAGACCCUCAACAUCUGGACGCACUUGGUCGGCUUCGCCAUCUUCCUGGCCCUCACAAUCUACGCAGCUGUCAACGUGAACGCGCCCAGCAGCAACUGGGAGAGGCUCCCUAGCGUGCCGAAGUUUAACAAGCUCCAGGAGGAACUCGUGAUGAGCGGCAGCUCGUCUCUGUCGCUGCUCAUGCCGAGAAGUAGCAGCAGCAGCAGCGUGUUCCACCAGCGGCCAGGACUUAAUGCCUCACACGUAAUCCUGGACGAAUCAAUCGCGGCAGGCGUCCCAGUAGCACCAGCCGAGUUUGCGCGAUGGCCAUUCUUCGUCUUCCUCCUGGGAGCCAUGACGUGCCUGCUAACCAGCAGCACCUCCCACCUCCUCUCCUGCCACUCGAGGAGCGUCUCCUCGCUAAUGUGGAGGCUCGACUACGCCGGCAUCGCAGUGAUGAUCGCUACGUCCUUCUAUCCGCCAAUCUACUACGUCUUCCACUGUCAGCCGCUCUGGCAAUUCGUCUACCUCGCCGGGAUCACCCUGUUUGGAAUCGGCGCGGUCUUCGUUACCGUCAUCCCCUGCCUCCACUCUCCCAAGUUCCGAAUCUUUAGAACCAUGCUCUUCGUCUCCAUGGGACUGUCCGGAGUGAUACCAGGAGCUCAUGCGGUCGUCCAGAACUGGAACAUGCCGAUGUGCUUCGUCGUCCUGGGAUACGAGCUCGCCAUGGUGGUCUUCUACCUCUCCGGGACACUUGUCUACGCUGCCAGGAUUCCCGAAAGGUGGAAGCCGGGGUUCUUCGACAUUGCCGGACACAGCCACCAGAUAUUUCACGUCAUGGUUAUCCUGGGUGCUUAUGCUCAUUACAAGGCCGCGCUCGUUGUGAUGGAGUGGCGAGCUAGCACCAUUGGUUGCUGAGAGAGGACAAGUUUGUACACCACCGACAGCCACCAUUCUUUUCAAUACAAACGUAUUGAGAUUGCUCGUCAA